AUGGUAAGUGGAACGGGUCCAGCACCGAAUCAGGCCGACACUGUAGCAUUCUGGCGCGGCCUGUGGUCAGAGCCCGUAAACCACAGCGAGGGCCCUUGGACGGAAGUUGUGGCGAGUCAGUGUGCGGGUAUUACGCCCAUGGACCCCGUUAUUAUAACGCCGGAUGACGUAGCUGAGGCGGUCCGUAGGCCCCCGAACUGGAAAAGUCCGGGGCUUGACGGCCUGCAUCACUACUGGCUGAAGGGGUUCAUGGUGUGUCACUCUGUGCAUGCCCGACAGUUUCAAGAGGCUCUCAACCAGAAGUCGCUCCCAAGCCUCUUCACUACUGGGAUCACUCAUUUGGUUCCUAAAGACCAGGGUACCACAGACCCGAGCAAAUACCGCCCCAUCACAUCUCACAAACUGAAGUCCUUCUGGUUCAGUAUAUCAGACGAGCCGCUGCCAGCGCUGGACUUCCUCUCUGCUGCCCUGCUCUCAGCAGAGUACGAGCGUGCGUUGGGUCGAGCUCUCGCUAUGCCCGAGUGUCGACUCAUACCGUUUUUUGGUGCUUUCCUCAGAGAGCUAAGAGAGAUCUUGGCCGCUACGCCAUCUUUGACCAGUCAGUCAAUGACCCCUACACCCACCCACAGAAGGGAAUUCAAACGGGAUUCAAUUAAAGAAGACAGCAGAAGCUCACUAAGAAAUGAAAGAAGAGAAGGUGGUAAGAGGGCGGACCAGAGUACCACAGCAAGUCCUUUAAGGGACAGUUGCAAACGGGACCCAAGAUUAAAUGAGACUAACAGACAAGUGUACAUAGCGUCUUUUGACGAGGAGGGUGAGCAGGCACCAGAUUGGAGGCGAGUAGGUCCAGAGGGUCUGGUGAACUUGGAGAAAGUGUACAGAACACAAGCGGUCAUGGACCACAUCGCAAGUUUUCACCAGCAUCGUUACGCACUGGGCAGAACUGCACCACCUGUUUUUGGAGAUUACCUAAGAACAGCAAUCGCCGCAUGCGAAGACCCAGUCUUCGCACAACCAUCUCAGAAGACCACGGGCAGCGACUUCGAGAACGAGGCCUUAUACGAACUGGAAGGGGGAGGUUACUGUCCCGUCCAACCUCUACCACACGAUCAUGGUGUGACCAUGUUUCCUCUAGCACCACAGAAUGGAGAAAGAAUGGACAGGCACGUUUUACAAGUAAUGCACCACGGCACCGCGUGUGUGGUGGGAGAAGCGGAAUGGUGUGGGACCUUCGCUCACUUGAAGCUAGAACGCGCUUGCGCGCUUCUAACUUGGUGUCGCACAGCUCAUCGACCAUAUUCACAACAUGGAGAAACCCCGUCGGAGAAUAUACAGCAGCCUGAAAUCAAUCUCUCAUACAACCCUGAGGAAGUCAUACCAGUCAAAUACACGAUGAAUCUAGCGCAUGAGAAUGAAGCUGGCAUCGUUGGGGACGAAGGCUUCAUCGACCUUCAGUGCGUGAAGGACAUGCGACUCGGGGGCAAGCUCCUGGAACCUCGGGAUAUCGCCGAGCUGACGGCGUGUGCUAAACGUCACGGUCUGGAGACUUGUUCUCAAGGACCGCACAUCAUUUCCCUGGUCUACGGGAGAACAUUAAGCGACAACAGGACUGUACAUUUUUUACUUCCGGCUUAUUCUUACAGAGUAUGGGCGGUCGGCCUUCACGCUGUCAUUAGAGCGUUGAUGACACAGACCAAGCUCGCAGACAGGAGUCUGGCGUGGCUAAAGAACAAGUACACCGCUUUAUAUUACGAGGACAGCUGCUGUUGUGAGCCUGUAGUCUCCGAUGCCAUUAGGGUGUUCGGUGGCAGAGACUCUACUUGCGGAGCUUCGUCACAUUCCACUCCUGUCAGAGGGGCCUUCACGGACUCCCAUGGAGACUCUUUAAGGGGUUCAGGAAUUAAAUUUAAGAAAAACAAAUCAACGUCAGAAUUGAAGAGCUCACCUAAAAAUUAUGCUUCGAGCUUCUCCUCCGGACCUAAAAGCGAUGACGAGGCGGCACAUGGAUCGCCUAGAAACAGUUCCUACUCAGGUCACCAUCAGCACUGUCCGGCGCGACACAGCAGUCUAACAGCGGCCGCAACCAGCAUCAUGGCUGGCACACCUAAUAGGAAUAGCUUGAGACGACUGGACACGAGCGAACGGUUUUGGGAGAAUAUAAAAAAUCUCCGAACCGGUUCCGUCAGUUACGACACCCAACUCGACUUUAUGGAUUUCGUUGCAUUAUUCAGGAGUUUCAGUUUAGUAAUGCGGUCGGAGCUGAGAGAUGUGUUUGAGCAACUCGCCGUCCCGCGCCCACGGUACCCACUGCUGGGCGCUGAAAGAAGUCGCAGCUCGCCCGAGUUAUUUCGCAGCAAAACAUCCUUCAGAACAGGUCUUUUAACAAGGAACGGGUCACUGGAUCUGGACCCGCCAAGUGACAAAGCCAGCAGGAAGAAGGCCUUCGACGUUCUAGCUGCUGCCGCAUUGCCAGGAGCUAGUCCAGAUAUGAGCGGGAGAGUGUUAUCUUUGCCGACCCUCGGGAAGUUUUGCGAGACGAGGCAGAACGAACCAAAGAACGAGCAGCAGCUGAAGGAUAUUAUACAGCGACACGAACCAGAUCCAAUGUUAAGAGCCGAGAGCUGCUUGUCCUUCGAAGGCUUCGUGCGCUUCCUCACCGACAAGGAUAACUACGCGUUCGUCCCGGAACAGAGGAGGCAGCAAGUCAACAGCUUCGUUGGGAACCCAGCCGCCCAAGAAGACGACGACGGAAACAAAGAGCUCACCCGGCACAUGGAAGGUCCCCUCAGCCAAUACUACAUCGCCAGCAGCCACAACACCUACCUGACCGGACACCAGCUGAAGGGAGAGUCCUCUGUGGAACUCUAUAGUCAGCACACAUUCUUUAUCGAGCUUAAAUGA